CGCCUACUUCCGGUGGCUACAUUUAGGAAUAUGGCUCGUCUACUAGCGUUCAAAGCUGUCAUCAUUAUCAACGUUUUAUUCUCCGUUUGCACAGAUUUAGCAUACUGUAAUAAUGGUCGAAGGGGCGGUGAUCCACUGGAAACCGAAAUGAGUGGUUUCUCUGUGCCUCUUGAACACUCAUUUGAACUCGACGAUGUAGCAAAGUUUCAGUCGCGUGGAUCAUUGCUGUUGAAAACUGGACGGGAGCCGAGCGUCUCUCUGGCUCAGAACCAGCUGUCAGAGGACGACAGAGCCAAACUCAAGGAAGUGGCUGCAGUCGAUGGUCUGUACAGAAUCAGAGUGCCUCGAGUUUUCCUGCAAGCAGACAGACAGACGGAGUGGCAGAUGGAAGGUUAUCUCACAGCGUUCGUCAGAGCUUGUGCGAUGGUGGAGUCCCACCUGAGCGACGUGAUCACGCUUCACACUGACGUCUCUGGAUACCUCAUCGGUGUCUCCAUCGUGACGUUACCCGGAGCCUGCAGAGGCACAGAGGUUGAGGACGAAGUUGAUCUGGAGGUUUUUAACACCACUCUCAGCAUCAUGGCUCCUGUAAAUGCACCAGGACCAGAGACGGCCCUUUUCCUGGAACGUAUGGAGCAGGAAUCUGAGAAGAAAGGGAAGAAUCCACAAGAGCAGAAAUCUUUCUUCGCCAAAUACUGGUAUUUGAUUCUGGGAGGUGCCAUCUUCCUCAUGCUCACCAAUUCAGCACAGCCCCCAGCAGGGGGGGGCAGAGAGCAGAGCUGAUUCCCACUGAAUGGAUGUACAUCGUGCCUCUUGUUCUCUUCCUGAUGAUGUCGGGUGCCCAGGACCAAUCAGGAGGCGGCGCAGGUGGUGGUGCAGCCAAUGGAGGAGGCCGAUGAUCAACUGGUUUUUCUUUUUUUGUUUUUUUUUUGUUUUUUCCGGUAACGUUCACUGAAUGAUCAUUCUCAGAUUUUACCUGCUGUACAUAAUGCUAUUUAAGGAGGAUAAAUAUUUGUUGUGCAUCUUAAACCUGUACAGUGAAAAGGAGACAAAGUGACCCACAGAUGACUGCACUUUUAUUACUGAUGUGAAAAAUAAAGUAUUUAUUACUUUA